AUGAGACGGCCUACUAGCCGUGGCGACUCAUCAAGGAAAGGACAACUUGCUGAACUCGACAAAGCGAUUCUUGAUCUCGAAUCACAAAAAGUGGAUGAGUCGAUGCAGGAAGCUAAAAUAGAAAUAAGGCAAAGAGAAAAGAACAGAACAAAUGAGAUAUUCCCAACUACUCGAAAGAUUUGGAAGUCCAUCUAUUCAUGGGGCCAGGAAGUUCAAGAGCAGAUGACCGACGUUGACGAGGAGGAAACCUCUGACCGUGAUGUCGGGGAUCCUAUGUUCUAUGUUUGCAAUUCUUUGUAUGAGUCUGCGCAGCUCUAA